UGUCGAUGACCGUAAUUAAAUGUAGUAAAGUUAUAGUACCGAAACGGCUUUCCAUUGUUUAAAAUAUUUAGUACAUUGUUAGUGUAUAAGUAGGUAUUGAAUAAGACAAAGUUAGAAGCUGCAUGUUUAUCUUAAUAAUACUUUAUUUUCUUUUCCAAAAAGUGUUAUGUGUAUCAGAAACAUUCAGUUUAUUGUAAUGGAAACAUGACAUAAAUCAAUAAAGAAGAAUUUAUUUUGAAGAUCAAUCAUGGAAACUUAAUAAUGAUGAAUAUUUCAAAGUGAUAUGGCUAUCAUUGUUGUGUGUGUAUAGAUGAUGGAUAAUUUGUCUAGUUUCUUUGAAGUGGUAAACUGAAGGCAAAUGUGCAAACGUAAUAUACAUAGUUAACAAAACAAACAAAACGAUGUCAGGCAAAAACAUUAACUAAUUUGUUGUACGGAUACAUUAAGUUUAAGAAAUAAGUAUAUUUUUGCAUGUCAGAAAACUGAGUUGAAAAAUGAAGGAAAAGGUUGCACGAAAAAUGGAUGAAAUCCCAGAGAACCCUCCGUGGACUAUGUUUUUUGACGGUCCAUUGUAUCAGAAAUAUGACGAGUUCAUGAAAACUAAGGACUUUUCAAAGAUUUUAUUAAACACAAAAUUGAGACUGGCAAACGACAAGAGCCAAGAAGUUGUCAAUCAUGUAAACAGUGUAGUUGAGGAUCAUUGGGAGAAAGACCACGAAGCUGAUCCAACCGGAAACGCAUAUCAGUAUGUGUCGCAGGACUAUUUUCAAAGAAAUAAAGAAGAUGAGAAACGCCGUACACGAAGGACACGUGCAUUCAUUGUUAUCGGCUUCGUCAUCAUGGCUGCUCUUGCUUUUGGAACAGCGUUGGUCAUUCAUUAUUUCUUCAUUCCACCAUUGGAUGAAAGAAACCCCAAAACCUUUGUAAACGUAUCUUUCUCUGUGAAUUCCACUGCCUCUGCUACAACAGAAAUUACCCAAACAACUCCAAUAGAUGAACACGAAGAUGAGAUGAACAGAAUGUUUGAUGAACUGUUGAAGGGUGCCAAUCAUCAUUCACAUGACCACGGUCAUGAGCAUAUUCUAUACCCAGAUGGCAAAAUAUUCGAUGAACACUUUACAACAACUACACAGGAAAUUACUUCACAGAAAACAACUACACAGGAAAUCACUACACAGGCAAGCACAACCCAGGAAACAACUAUAGGUGCUCCGAAAACUUCAUCCCUAGCCAGAUCAACACAGUCACUGCCAACCACAACAGCGAUGCAUGCGUUAAAUCUAAAACCCAAGGCAAAACAUGAAGAAGUACAAAAAGCAAAAAUAGAUAUGACGUCAGUGACAACACCAGAAUCGAAAGCAGAUAAAAGUCUAAAACAAUAUACCUCUACUAUGAACCUUAAUCAUAUGGACUUUUUUAGUAUGGACGAGUUUAUCACUACAACUCAUGAUUUGACGUCAACUGUUGCUGAUGGUGACAUCUUUGCUGUGGAUGAUUUAAAUAAGACACCAACGACUGACACUCCCAGAAAAGUGACAAUAGAUUCAGCUCUAAACUCAUUGCAAACGACCGCAGAAAAACAUGUUACUGUUGCUGGUUCUACUUUUUUGGCGUUACCUGAAGGCGAACCAAGUGCAAUGGCGACAGAGUCAGCAGUCGUUAAGAAAACCAAUAAAGAAAUAACAGAAACAGCGCGAUCAUUUGGAACUACUGCUCAUCGUGUUACAACUGUUACUACUGUACCGAGAUCACCUGUUACGAGAUCCACUGCCAUAAUGGUUCCUGAAACAAGCACAGUAUCUGAAUUACCAGCAAACGUACAAGCGUCAUCAACAACUUCUUUCACUUCAACAUCAGAGGUAAUACCAACAACAUCCGAUGUUUUGUCAGAUAAUAUGACUGCAAAUACUAGUGAAAGCACAUCCUUGCCAGUAAUAACUACAGCGAUGUUUCAAACAACUUCAACGACAAAGGAAGCAACUGAAUAUAUAACAAGAACAACCAAUGCGUUGAGAAAAAUAACAAGUAUUUCUGACAGAAAAACAAUUGCACACGUAUUUACCAGUACAACGUCUGGAGUAACGACUUCAUAUUUGGAAAAAGGUACAUCUGAAAAUUUAACAUUACCUUUUUCUCAAUCAAAAGCAAUUGUACCUGAAACAACAACAACUUCUCCUGAAUCAACAUCAAAUUUGUAUAAAUCAACAGCUGUUUCCGGUACAACUUUACCUUUCUUUGAAACGACAACACUAAUACUGCCAGAAACAAGUACACUUUCUUCGGAAACCACAGCAAUAUUGCCAAACACAACAAUUAGUUUUCCGGAAACCACAGCAACGAUGGCAAGACCCACAACGACUUCGUCGAUAACAACAGCACCAUUGGCGGAAACAACUUCAGCAUUAUCGAUAACAACUACAACAGUGCCCAAAACAUCUGCAACGUUAAUGAAAGCAACUACAACAUUGCAGGAAAGAACGGCAUCGUUGACAUCUACAUCUUUGUCGGAUACAACUACGUCGUUGUUGGAAUCAGCUUCACCAUUACCAGAAACAACGACAACAUUACCAAAAGCAUUUACACCACUGCAGGAAACCAAUGCAACUUUUCAAGCAGAAAAUACAUCUUUGUCCAAAUCAACAACACUGUUAUCGGAAACAACACCAUCAUUACGAGAUACAAAUUCAAGAUUGCCAAAAACAACAGCAACAUUAAAGGAAACAACUACAACUUUACCAGAAAUAACUUCAGCAUUGCCGAAAACAAUAGCAAUACCUCAGGACACUAUUGUAAAUGUAGCAGAAACAACUUCAGUAUUGGCAGAAACAUCCACAACAUUGACGGAAGCAACUUCAUCUUUGCCAGAAACUACAACAUUGGCAGAGACAACUACAACAACACCGGAAACAACAACAACAACAUUGCCGGAAAUAACAACGCUGCCUGAAAACUAUAAUACAAUUCAAAUGCGAGACAUUACAUCAUAUACCUUUGAAAAUGUCAAACUAAACUGCAGUGUAAAACGCGCCAUAAAGUGGAAAUCACUUUCGGUGAAAAACAACAAGAAAUGGCGGCCACUAGAGGUGACCUUAUUCCCUUCUGGAGAGAUUAAAUGGUCUAGAGCAAAAACAAAGAGACAUGACGUCACAUAUGACAUCACUAACAGCACGGACGGAACCGGAAGUAACAUAACAAUUAGGUUAAUAAUAAAUGACGUCCAGUGUCGAGAUGGAAACACAUAUUUUUGCAGUCUAAAGUCUGACAUAAAGGACCGUGUUGUAAAAAGUCAACUUACUACAGUUGGAAAGCCUAGCCAGAAAAUUAUGCUUACACUCGGGCCUUCAAUUAUAGAAGAUAGAGCAUUCCGGAUAACUGCAUCUUGGCAGGGGGGAUAUCCUAUCCCCUGGGCAAAUAUGUCCUGGACGGCCUUAGACGCAAACAAUAAAAGUUACAAUUUGACUGACUAUGGCGAGUACAGAGACUAUGAACUACAUGUGGAUCACAAAUUCUGUCAAACUACGCUUCAGCAUUCCAUAGUCGUGUUUCCUAGGAUACAUCUCAAUGACACAACGGUGAUAGUGAAACCGAAUCUUGAAACAAAGAAAUACUUUGUAGACAAAUCAAUGGAAACAUAUUUAAGACAGGUUCAGCCAGGUGUAGAGAAGAUCCUGGUCAUACCACUGAACUAUUGUAAUAACGGGAAAAAGGAGAUGAGUGUUCCACAUCCCCACACAUCCUGUACAAAGUUUCUGCGCUGUCUACCAGGAGAUUUGGUUGUCCAGCAAUGUCCUACGGGAACCUGUUUCUAUGAAAAGGGACAACAAUGCGCAUAAAUAACUCUGUUUGACCAAAUGUUUAACCUGACAAGCAAGUGCUGACGUAAAAAGUAUUGACGUCAUAAGAAUAGUAUCGCGCUUCUUGUUGUACAAUCCAAAUGACAAUGCUGAAAAGCAUUCAGAAAUUGUAUGAAUGCGUAGAGUAUUGGCCUUUCACAAAUUCUACGUAAUCAGCAGAUAUUAUGGCGACAAUCAAGCUGUUUGCAUGUUGCUUGUUGACAGACCCUGUAGACGUUAGACGUUGUUUGUUACAACAGUGACUCAGUGACUCUGUGUCAUGCAAUACUUGAAGUUUGACUGAUCACCGGUUCAACGAGGAAUGUUACAUAAACUCUAUUCGGUCUGGUCUCGGGGAUAAUUAUUCCUUAUAU